GUGAUAAGGAAGUAAGAGCUUGUCGAACGUAGUUCUUCGUACUAUCUAGUCUUUGGGAAUUACUUCAGUCGAUAUUUAUAUUAGUUUAAGAGUGAUAGUCCUAAUGUUUUUUUCCUUUUAGCAACACUAUGAAGGAGGGUCCGCUGGCCUAUGUUCUCAUUCUGAUUGUUAUAGUUCAACAUGCACGCACAUUAGUUCCUGCUUCAUUGGAUGUGGAAGUGAGAUGCCACAACUUUGAGACUUUUGCCAAUUGGACCUACGACAAAGGCUCUCUGCAACCAAUCUUCAGAGUGCAAAUCUUAAAGGAUAUCAAUAAUGCAGACUCUGAAACAAAUUGCACAAGCCUCCAUCAUCUGAAUAUUUCAUCAUCUGUCACACACAUUUAUGACACUUACUACGUGAAUGUGUCUGCUAUGAAUGGAUCGAAUAAGUCAAUAUCUGCAGUGUCACCUCAAUUCUCCUACCGCAAGGAUUUACCAGCAGAGAUUCGCUGUAUGUUGGACUUCCCAAACGUGACCCUAUCAGUCAAAGGUGGACAGAUCACAUUUACCUUCUCUCACCCAUAUCAAGUCUACAAAGACACCCCUACAGUGAAAAACCUUAAUAGGCUAUAUCCUAAUGGAUGUGAAGAAUGCAAAAACUUUAAGUACAGAGUUGGAAUGGAUACAUUAUAUGAUGAGAAAAUUUGCAAGGAGGAAGUAUGCAAAGGAACUUUUCAAGUACCUGGAAAUAGUGAGCGGUACUGCAUCAGCUUAAACGGAACAGACCUAAACACCAAGUCUGGGAUGUUAUGUCAACUUGAGGAGAGCCAAAUUGGUUGGAUAAGUGUCACCAUCAUCAUCAUCGUUCUGUGCAUUAUGACUGGCUCUUUUAUCGUGUUUGGGGCAAUAGCGUGCUCCAUAACAAGGAAGACUAUGCCAUCCCUCCCCAAGCCCUUGCUCCCCUUGGGCUUCAAGAUGCACCCAGAGAACACAAUGAUGCCUAAGGACUACAAUGGGCAGAUUGUGUUGCCCUUCGUCAGCCACAAGCCCCUCUUUCUAACUCCCAAGGAAGAGAUCCCUGUAGACACUCCCAGCUUAGCUGCACCCCAUGAGGGCUCUCGGCUCCGCAUUGGCCAGGCACACCUGGAGGAAUGGAACAGCAACCAGGAGGCCAUGCAUCUCAUAGAGCUCAGGGACCCCUGCCACAAAGUCUGGAGUGACCAGUCCAGACAAUCGGGACCGGCAAUGGAGGAGCCAGUGGAGAACAGCAGUGGCUCCCCGCUCGGCUGCAGCCUUUCGGGGUAUGACAGGCCACAGGUUCUGGAGGUGGAGAUCAGCCCUGGGGACAUCGUAGACGGAUAUGGCCUAAAUGACCAUACCAGUCAAAUUGUCUUCUAAAAUGAACAUCAACUGUUCUUGCUGUUGCUGUAUUCUACCACUUUAACCUAAACAUGAAUGAGAAAUGCAAGACCCAUUACUUGAACAUCCAGAGGCAUUUUCUUGAAGCUAGUGGUUAGGGGAACAGCACUGCGGUGUUGAGACAUGGCUGUAGUGAGUGACGUAACUGUGUUGCCAUAUUUUGCACAUUUCUAUCCAAUACCAGACACACUCGUUACCAGAUACACUACUUUACUCCAAAGCAAGGGGUGGAAUGAGAAAAAAGGUAAAUUAUUAAUUUAUGGGCUAUUAGGGAAUUGACAGUCUUGAAUGUCUUGUCUAUAAAUUCUAAUACACAAUGAAACCAGUCAUCUGCUGAGACAAUUAUAAGGAAAUUGUUUUUUCAAUUAUUCAGCUAAUAUUGUAAAAUAGUGACUGAUAUAUUAAAUGUUCCUGGUGGGGAUCCUGACUUGCCAUUUUACCAACCCAAUUAUACUGUGUACUGAGGACUGUAUGCAAUAAAUAAUACUGCUAAGUUUGUUUACAUUA